GACGAAGUAAACAAUAUGGCGGAUAGUGGGCUUAACGUCGAAAAAAGACGAAAGAACAAAAACUGGACAGUUGAGCAAACGACUGUCCUUGUUGAACGAUGUGUCGACGGAUAUAAUCUACUCACCGGCGCCCAUAAGUUAGGGCUGUCAGAAUCCGACAAGGAUUCGUACUGGGCCGAAACUAUUGAAAUGAUUAAUGCUGUAGGUCCGGAGCGAAGUCUCGUCGAGGCAAAAAGGAAGUGGAUCGAAGUUAAGAUUUUGACAAAGAAAAAAACACAAGAUAUGGCAAAGGAAAGACGUGCCACUGGUGGUGGACCAGCACCAGGCAAACUAAAUGCUUGGGAAGAAAAGACACUGACAGUUAUCCCAAGCUGUUCUAUGUCUGGAGUGAAUGAGCACGGAGAUGUAUUUCUCAUGAACUCAAUUGCUUUGCAAUUUGAAGACGAUGCACCAGAGGAUGCUGAACAAUGCAUCAAAGAGAAAAAUGAAGUAGAAGAAGUGUCGACUGGACAUACCGGUGAACAGGAACAUAAGCCCAUAACCUGUAAACAGGGACAGAAGCCCAUUAGUGGUGAACAGGGACCGAAGCCCAUUACUGGUGAACAUGGAAAGAAGCCCAUUUUGGGUGAACAGGGGCAGAAAAGGAAAUAUGAAAGUUCUGAUGAAUCAUACAGGAUUGAACUCAUAAGUAUUGAGCGAGAAAGGCUAGAGGUUGAAAAGGCGAGGAAUACAAUUCUAUUGGACAUAAGCAAUAAAUUGGAAUCAUUAAUUACACUAAAAAAAAUAAAAAUGUUGAGUGAAAACCAACUUUUACCAGAGCAUUGA